CAUCGGCCUGCGUCGGUUAACGAGAACGUGCGCCUCGUUAGCCGCAGGACCGAACAUUCUAGUAAAAACUGACCAGAGAAACAAAACACAUUUUAGACUCAAUAUAAACAUAGUGUUACAGCUGAGACGUCAUGGAUGACGAAGAGGAAACUUACAGACUAUGGAAGAUUCGCAAAACCAUCAUGCAGCUGUGCCAUGACAGGGGCUACCUGGUGACACAGGACGAGUUGGAUCAGACUCUGGAUGAGUUCAAGAGUCAGUUCGGAGACAAGCCCAGCGAGGGUCGCCCCAGACGCACAGACCUCACUGUGCUGGUGGCGCACAACGAUGACCCCACAGACCAGAUGUUUGUCUUCUUUCCUGAGGAGCCAAAGGUAGGAAUCAAGACCAUUAAGAUGUACUGCCAGAGGAUGCAGGAGGAGAACAUCACUCGAGCCAUCAUAGUUGUACAGAUGGGCAUGACACCGUCAGCCAAACAGUCUUUAGUCGACAUGGCACCAAAAUACAUAUUGGAACAGUUUCUACAACAGGAGCUGCUUAUUAACAUCACAGAGCAUGAGCUUGUUCCAGAGCACAUUGUUAUGACAAAAGAGGAGCUGACUGAACUUCUGGCAAGAUAUAAAUUAAAAGAAAGCCAGUUGCCGAGGAUCCAGGCUGGAGACCCUGUGGCUCGCUACUUUGGCUUAAAAAGAGGACAGGUAGUAAAGAUCAUCAGACCGAGUGAAACAGCUGGGAGGUACAUCACAUACAGACUGGUGCAGUGACAGACAGAUGUUCCUCUGGAUCAACAUUUAGAAGGACAAGUGAGGAAAACUGAAGACGAUACACCUUUCAUCACUCAUUCGUGGAUAACCAUCUGCUUUUGACUUGUGUUGUUUAAAUUGUUUUUUUGUAAUUACAGAUUUAGUAAAAUAAACAUUUAAAAAUGUAA